GAAGAGUUGAUCGUUGAAAACGCACCUGUAGAAAGUCGGAACGGUCGAACGACGUUGUGUUUAACCAUACGGACGGAUUGGUUUUUUGUUUUGGAUUUUUUUCGAACGUUUUUUCUUUUGUUUGCUUCAUUAUCUGUGUGCUCAAGUGCAGUUGUGUGGAAUACAAUACGGUUACUAAUAUAUAUAUAAGAGAGUCUACAACAACAACAAAAACAACAACAACAACACCAACUAUAUACUGUGUAUGUGCAGGAAACAACAACAAGAAAUAGUAUACUAGUUAACAACUUAGCCAUGUCAGUGUUGCGACAGUGAGCUCCACAGCUAUACACGCGCGCAAGAUCGUCAAUUGCUCCCCCCCGAAAUGCCCACGGAAAACACAUUGCUGGAGGAGCGCGCUGGCGGCGGCUCCAUCUCCAUGGUACGCCCUACGCGCCUGGAACAAUUUUUGCAAGCGCCCGGUGCAGGCAGCGCCUCCGAACAAUGUACCGCUUCCAGCGGUCGUGUACCCAGUGGAGCUGCAGCCGCUGCCGCCGCGUACGAAACACAACUCGCUUACCAGCAUCAUUUGGUGGCGGCGGGUUUGAUGAGCGCUACUGGUGGCGCCACCAAUGCGCAGACAGCGCAUUCCGCCUUCGUACCAGUGUUGCCUUCGCGAAAUGCUUUGCGCGCACAAGGCGCUGCCGCCAUCUAUGGUGGCAUGCUCGAUGCCGCUGAGGUGGCGAAGGAGGCGAGCAAGCGCCAUGGCACCAAUUCCAAUUUUGAGAUCAUUUCCAUGAUGGCGGAUAAACGCAAGGAGUUGGCUUUGCGGGAGGCAGCUGCUGCUGCGAUGUUGAUGCAACGACCGCCCGGGCAGGGACCGCCACUAGGUGUACCGACGGCUGUAAUGUAUCCACCACCGCCACCACCGUAUUUGGGCGGUCCGGGACCGUCACCAACCGGCGCUGGCACCUUCGCAUUUCCUUCGGCGGCCGCAACAGCGGCGCUCUUUCCUGCUGGGCUACCACCAUCAAUGCACGCCGCGCUGGAUCGCCGUUUACUGCGCGCGCCGGGACGCGCAUCGCGUCCAAAGAAACAGUUUAUUUGCAAAUUUUGCAAUCGUCAAUUCACCAAGUCCUACAAUCUGCUCAUACACGAGCGCACGCACACCGAUGAGCGGCCGUACUCGUGCGACAUCUGUGGUAAGGCAUUCCGCCGGCAGGAUCAUUUGCGCGAUCACAGAUAUAUACACUCCAAGGAGAAGCCAUUCAAAUGCACCGAAUGCGGCAAAGGUUUCUGCCAAUCGCGUACGCUGGCCGUUCACAAGAUCCUACACAUGGAAGAAUCGCCACACAAGUGUCCCGUUUGCAGUCGCAGCUUCAAUCAGCGCUCCAAUUUGAAAACGCACCUGCUCACGCACACCGAUCACAAGCCCUACGAGUGCUCUUCCUGCUGCAAAGUCUUCCGCCGUAAUUGUGAUCUGCGUCGUCAUGCGCUCACGCACGCCGUCGGUGAAGUGCCUUCCGAGUAUGUAGAUGUGGGCGAGGAAGAUGAGGGCCGCCACCUGAGCGGUGAUGAAGAGGAUACUUUGUUGGAAGUAGAUUCACCGCGACAAUCACCGAUACAUCGACUGCAUAGCAGCACACCAACGCAAGCGCUCGGCGGUGGCAGCGCAGCGGAUGCAGAGACGGCAAGUGAAAAUGCGCGCGCAGCUGCACGUAUGCGCCUAAAGCGCAAAGCUUCUUACGAUGCGGGGGAAAUCUCAGAUGAGUCAGAAGAAGAGUUAGACGAAGAUGAUGAAUUGGAUGAGACCCAACUGGAGGAUGCAGAGCUGGACGACGAAGAUGAUGAAGUGCAAGCGGAACGCAAUAAUCCGAACGAAGGCUUGCUGGAGCCCAGACCUACUGGGCAGGGUGUGACGCAUUGCCAUCAUGAAGGUGGUGAAACGUAUACAAUGCGUCCAACACACGAAAUGCGUGAUUCAUACGAUCCCAUACAGGCGGCUAACUCACCGCAUGCAUUAUGCGCGCCACCACCACCCGGUUCCGCUUUCAUGCCGUCUUCGCCAAGCGCGCGCUACAAUCCAAUGCGCGCGCUACCCGGCGCCGGCGAGUCCAUACAUUCGCCGUCAACAUCGAAUGGACCGGAACCUUACAUACCAAUGUUGCACGUACGCAGAGAUCUCCAUCCUAAAGCGCUGCUGCUGGUAGGCGCUGAAAUGAAGGGCGGCGUUAGUAUGUUGCCGCCUGGUGUGAUGGUAGCAACGGCAGCGGCAGCCACACCACCACCACAACAAUCACUGCCACCACCACCGCUAGCUGCGCCCACAAUCGCGCUAUCGCCUGGCGCCCCACCAGCAGUAGUGCAACCGUCGCCGCCACCCUUGCCGCCGCUUGUCGAGCCCGGAAAGAAUUUACAGCAGCCGCUACAUUCACCGCUCGAGUCAAUGCCCAGUUUUCUUGGCUCCAUACCCAUACGAAAGCGCAUUGUUGGAUUCGAGCAAAUGGCAGAAGCGCAACGAGCUUACAGCGUAACAACUAAUGCCGGCAUGUUGGCGCUCAACAUGUCACGUUCGCAUGCCGCCAUGAAAGGGCUACCGCCACCGCCAACGCCGCAUACACAACCUACACACACGCUACUGCCCAGUAAGGCAUAUCUGGCCAGUCAAUCGCCGCUUUUAGGGGAGAAAUCUGUGGGAAACGGCGCCAGCGGCGUUGCUACGAACAGCGCGCCUACAGACGGCUUAACGCAUAGGGGCAGAGAAACCGUAGGUGCUGGGGGCACGUCAGCAGUAGCAGCGUCUCACUUGCCGAGUGGCAGCGGUGAACGUCAAUUUUUGCUGCCGCCAGCCAGCGCAGUGAAUUUGAAUACUCAGGAGUCUUUAGCUGGUGGCAGUGGUGCGCGUUCAAUAAUAUCGGCAGCGUCUGCAACAAUAACAUCGCGACAACAACAGCCGCCGCCGCAGCCGCAGCCGCAGCAACCACCAGCUCCUACGCGUCGCACUGGCUUCAGCAUAGAGGAUAUUAUGCGGCGCUGAAUUGACUACGAUUGAGACCACAUGCUCUCCUUGGUUCAGGCCAGUGGUUGUUUCCUAUGAUUUGCUUGCUUUUUCAUGCAGUACUUGUAUUUUGCAAUGAUUUCUUUAAGAAAAUUAAUAAUAUAUUUGACUAAGAAGUAGUUUAAAAUUUAAUCGAAAAUCCUCAAGUGCCUUCUCAUGUAUUGAUGUAUGUAUGUAUGUAUACUUAUUCUAGUGCCUUAAAGCUAAUCGUAUACAUGUUUAUUUGUACGAGUUUGCUAUACUAUGUACUUUCAGUUAAGAUUUCUAUAAAACUUGGUUAAAAUUUAAAUUAUAUAGCGCAUAAAUAAUGUAAAUAUAACUUCAAUAUCAUCGUGAGAUAUGUCUGUUUUAUACCUACUAGCCGGGCACUUAGUGCUCUACUAAAAUGAUAUCAAUAUUUUAAACAUAAAUACUACGUAACUAUAUAUAAUAUUAUGAUAAUUGGCACAGGAUAUCUGAAUAUAAAUUUGAAAGAAAUUAACGCCGGUAUGAGUAACUUGUUGGUUAGGUAAUAAUUUAGAUACAGUUUUAUGGCAGUGGAUCUCUAAAUGAUGAGCAAAAGACAACUUAGUCUCAUUCUUUAGAAACACUCUUGAGAGACCACAGAGAGUUUUUUCUUGUACUCUUUAGACCGGUGAUGGGCACUGCCUUGCUCGCAGGCAAAGUCCUUUUAAGCUUUCUAUACAUUUUGUAUAGGCGCGUGCAGAGCAAAAGCUCUCUCUGCCCAUUGCUACUUUAGACUAUAACUGCUCACCAUAGACGACCAACGAAAGCUUUUGCCCUUUGUCGAAAGCUCUAAUAAGCGUACACUGCAUCCAUGCAAUACAUACAGAAGGCUUUAAAACGCUAUACACACGGGCAAGGCAGGGCAUUCGCCUUUUAUAGACCUGUGUCAAGAGCUUUUUUAAGCUUUCUAUGGACGAGCAUAGUCAAAAAUCUCCCUUUGGCUGGCACUAGCAUACACCAGUAAUGAUCGUGCAGUUUAAACUACAAGUUGUAAACUGAAAUACUAUCAGUUUGCCUUUUAGCUCAACUCAGUACAUAGUUCAUCUUGAAUAUGUUUUCCCGACUAGCCACUGAUAUUCAUAGCAUGACUAUGUCUUAUGAAAUGUCAAUUGUUAAGUAAUGCAUCAGAUCUAACCAGUAGAAGUAGCAGUAACGUAAUACCAAACGGGCAUGAGCUUGCUAUCUUAGAACCAGACUACGCCCUAAUAUCGUCUAGUGUCUGGAUGAAGUUGCCCAAAUAAAUAUGAGUUUCUUGACAGUAUCAAGCCACACCUUGCGUUGACAACCUAAUUUUUGUAGAACAAAUUUCCUUAGUUAAGAUCUGUCUCAACAGAGCCUGGUUAACUUCAGGCUCUUCAGUGCAGCGAGAUCAGAUGAGCCCUAUCUAUCUGGAACACAGGUUCUCUAUAGUUAAAAAGACGUAGCAGAUCUGGCUAGAUCUUUGAAAGGAAAAAGGUGCAGUGGACGGCAGAGUCUUUCGAACCCUUUAAAUCUGCUGCUGCUGACGAGUUUUUUCCAUUUCUACUAAAAAAUAAGAUAUAAAAUUAUACUGAGAUUCCUUAUUUUGAAUCUGGAGUAAAGCCUAAGAGCAGGCUCUGGUCUCUCGUCACUCCCCUACAUCCCAUCGUUAAAAAGU